CUUGAAAGAUUUCAAAACCCUAUAACGUUUGCAACUUUGCCUCCCUCUCUUCCCUUGGCUUCAUUAUUCCCGAAGCGCUUCGUCUUCGUCUGUUGGCUCCGUCGUUAUGGCUCCAAAGCGGCUUCUGGAAGACCCUCCUCCUGCUUCUUCUUCAGAAGAGGAAGAAACCGAGGACGACGCUGCCGAAGAGGACGAAGAAAACGGUGAUUCCGAAGGACUGGAAGACGAACAGGAUGAAGACAACCAUCAGAAGAAGAAUCCCAAGGCUAACGCCACCCCCGUCGCCAAAUCUGUAAAAACUCCACAAGAUCAAUCUUCGUCAGAUUCCGGCGAUGAAUCCGGGUCGGAAACCGAGUCCGACGACUCGCAGCCCUCGCCAUCAGCUUCUGCCUUCACCAUCAAACCUAUUGCAACUAAACCAAUGAAAGAACGUGUACAGCCACAGAAAAAUUCAGCAAACCGUAAGGUGACCAUGUCACCAGCGAAGGCUGUCACCGGCGGCAUGAAGCGCUCCAGGGAGAGCGAUGACAUUGAAAGGAAAGAGUCAAAGAAGAGCAAGUCAUCUGAUGGUCAAGAUGAAGAUUUGAAAAGGGGACCAGGUGUUCAACGCCUUUGGAGUGAAGACGACGAGGUUGCAGUUUUGAAGGGCAUGAUCGAGUAUCAAUCCGAGAAAGGGGCUGACCCGUGGGCUGAUAUGGAGGCUUUUCAUGGAUUUAUCAAGGAAAAUCUUCGCGUUGAUGUGUCUAAGGACCAAUUAAGGAGCAAAAUCAAGAGGUUGAAGCAGAAAUACCAAAGCAAUGCAGAAAAGGGUAAAAAUGGUGAAGCCCCUGUUCUCGGCAAGCCACAUGAUUACAAGCUUUUCGAUCUAUCCAAGAAAGUUUGGGGAGCUUCCGUCACAAAUGGGGUGGAUGAUAGUGCUAAGAAAAAGCGAAAGCCAAGUCAGAGCGAAUCCAAGAGUCCUGCUUCAGCACUACCAAAUGAUGAGAUUAUUGCUGAAGCAGAAAACCCUAAUUCGACAUUCUUUGAUGCAUUACUGGGAUCGGGGAAGCUUUUGUCAGUACCGGAGGGUGCUGCCAACAUUAUGAAGGAAGCUCUGCCUUUGAUAGGGAGUGCGAGGACCAAGGAAUUGGAGAACAAGUGGAGGAAGUUGCAGGAAGAUGAAUGCAAAUUGUACUUGAAGAAGGUCGAGUUGAUUCGUGACUCUGCUAAACUGAUGUUAGAAGCGAUGAAAUCGUCGAUGUCUUAGUGUUCUAGUCAUGGUAAGGUAAAUCAUAUCGUUAUAUGAAAUACAUUUUUGCCGUCGGAGGACUUUUACGGGAAAAUAUGAUGUGAGUUUUAAUCAAUCUCAUGGGGAUUUUUCCCUCUUCCAAUCUAUUUUUGAUGUACGUUGAUCAAAUGAAUAUCAUAUUUAAAUGUUUGGAAUUGCCAUGAACAUCUUUAAAAUGGCUCGACACACUGGUUAUGACUUGUUUGAUUCAUGAAUAUUACAAUUCACUAUGAAUUUUAUGUUUUA